CACACACAAUUUACCCGUUUCAUACAACUCACAAACUAUUAAAAAAAAAGCCAAAAAAAAAAUUAAUGGACAAAGCUGGUGGAAGCAAAGGCGAUGGCAAUGAGAAGUACGCUCUAGAUAGCCAGAUUCCGGCGUAUGUUCGCAGCAGAUUCUUUGUGACAAUCAUGUUGUUCCUGGGCAUGGCAAAUGCCUAUGUGAUGCGCACCAACAUGUCGGUGGCCAUUGUGGCCAUGGUCAAUCACACGGCCAUCAAGGGCGAGACGACGGACAACGAGACGGACACCAGCGAUCGUCAGGAUGGUGAAUUCAACUGGAGCUAUAAACUUCAAGGCUACAUCCUGGCCUGCUUCUUCUAUGGCUAUGUGAUCACACAGAUACCUUUCGGGUUUCUCAUCAACACGUACGGGGCCAAACACUUCCUCGGCUGGGGCAUGAUGAUCAACUCGAUUGCCGCAUUCUUUGUGCCCAUCGCAGCCCGCAAAGGUGGCUACAUCGCUCUGUGUGCGGUGCGCUUUAUCCAGGGCCUGGGCGAGGGUCCCAUUGUGCCCUGCACCCACGCGAUGUUGGCCCAAUGGAUACCUCCGGGCGAGCGAUCUCGCUCCGGGGCCGCUGUCUAUGCGGGCGCUCAGUUUGGGACCAUCAUAUCGAUGCCAUUGAGCGGAUUGUUGGCCACUUACGGCUUUGACGGAGGCUGGCCAUCGAUCUUCUAUGUCUUUGGUGCUGCCAGCACCAUUUGGUGUGUGCUCUUCAUUCUGUUUGUCGCGGAGAGUCCGUCGGCAGCGAAGAACAUCACUGAGGCGGAACGCAAGCAUAUUGUGGAGACCAUUUGGUCGAGUCACAAAGACACCGAAGAUGCAACGGGAAUUGCAAAGACGCCGUUGCGCAGCAUCUUUACUUCGCUGCCAUUUUGGGGCAUUCUAAUUGCCCACUGCGGUCACAAUUACGGCUACGAAACGUUGAUGACCGAACUGCCCACUUACAUGGCCAUGGUGAUGAAUGUGAAGCUCAAGGAGAACGGAUUUCUCUCCUCGCUGCCAUACUUGGCCAUGUGGCUGAAUGCCAUGCUGCUGGCCUUCAUUGCCGAUUUUAUGAUCAGCAAGAACGUGAGUAUUACGAUUACGCGUAAGGUGAUGAAUUCAAUCGGACAAUAUGUGCCGGCCGUAGCGCUCUUUCUUGUCGGAUAUUUGCACGAGAGUCUGAUGUUAACCGUCUUGAUAUUCACCAUUGGCAUGGCCUGCAAUGGAGCCAUCUAUUCGGGAUUUAAAAUCAAUCACUUGGAUCUGUCGCCUCGCUUUGCGGGACUCCUCAUUGCGAUUACGAACUGCAGUGCCAAUCUUGUGGGACUCACGGCACCUAUGAUAGCCGGACAUGUGAUCAACCAUGAUCCAUCGAUAUCCAACUGGCGGAUUGUCUUUCUAAUUGCCUCGAUUGUUUACUUCAUCGUUGGCACCAUCUAUAAUCUGUUGGCCUCUGGAGUGCGACAAUGGUAGGCCAACAGCAACCAACAACCAAACAACAAUCAAACCAAAACAAAAGCAAAAACCUCAAAACAAAUCCAAAAUGAAUCGAAACUAAACACAGCUGUAACUGGGCCACAACCAAAAACAUUUUGUUGGCCUUCACAUCCUGCUGCUGAUGCUGUUGCUGCUGUUGCUGCUAAUGACACUGCUGGUCAUGUCACCAAGCACACUUAGUUUUGAACAACACACAGAGAACAUUUGGGCAUUCAAACGUUCGACAUUCGAAGAGAACAUCAAUCAAAUUACCUCGACACUAUCCCCAACACAUUUUGGAUAUGUUAUUGUUGUGUGCCAUUGGUCUCUGUGGUUUUUGGGCCAGAAUUCAAUUCAAAUCGUAAUCGUACUCGUACUCAUGAAGCCAUCAGCAUUUAGUUGUAAAUGAAGCCAAUAACAACUAUUUCAAGAAGGAAAGAAGAACAAAAUGAACGGAAAAUCUCGCUGUCGCUGAUUAAGUUUAAUUAAAUAUCAUGAGUAAUCAUCAUUUUUGAUAAAACAAAAACAAAAUUGAAAUCAGAAAUAAUGAUUAUCUACGAUAUUUAUUUAUUUAUUCCAUCGAAACAUAAAUUGAUAUUGUAUUACAGCUUUUGUAUCGAGUUUUAAUUUUAAAUAUAUUGACACCGCUAUUGAUGCU